AUGGCGACCAUCAGCCUCUCAUUUACAGGAAAACUGUUGGACCAGGUCUCACGCUGGCGAGCAAUGCACGAAGUCGACCAACUCAUAGUGAUCACACCUGUUGUUUCAAAACUAAAAGGAAAUCUCAAGAUGGACCUAUCCGCCCGCCUUGGCAUAGGCGAAAUCGACGACCCGUCCGUCCGUCGUUCGAUGAUCAUCGGCAAUCUCUCGCUAUUGCAGGUCCAAUCUAUGUCUGUGUCCUUCAUUGCAUCAUGCACAGGCUCUCAGUAUUGGGAGACUCGUACCGCAAAACACUCCCAUGCCCAUCAAGGGCUUUCUUGCGAUAAAAAACUCAACGGCGACGGUUCGAGAUAUCUACGACUAUACCACCAUGAAUUUCACACAUAUCAUUACUCUACCUUCCCAGAAGCAAUACGGAAACCUAGAUUUACGAGAUCAUUUCAUUUCUCUCGUCUUUGA